UCUACAAUAAAUAAGAGAUCAUGGUUUACAGAAAUAUGUUAAUAUUUGUGAAAGUAUGGUGCAUCAACGGUACUCAGAUGUCAACUAUUUUGCACUUUUUGAGCAAUUUGCUUCUCUUUGUCAAAUACACUUAAAAUAGAACGCAUGAACAAAAUAUAAAAUCUUGGUAUUUUCACUUACUGCUGUACUGCAACUGCUCAUUUAAAUCUAGUCGCUAAUAUAGUUAUCUGCCGAACGAUUCUUUAAAUCUCAGUUCCAGAAAACAUCAUUCUAGUACCACGCAGCACUCCACCCAAACAUUACAUCGCAGAGAGCGGGGUGUUUUGUUUGACUUAUGUUUACCAUGCGCCCACAUAUCAUAACGAUUCCACUACCACUGCCACGCCAAUUUAUGCUCAUGUUCAUGCUUUUUUUUUGCAAUCCUCUCCCACUUCGGACCUAUUUAUGCUUGCACUAUGCGAAGCGCCCAUCCGCGCACUCAUACUAACGGAACCUCAGGCGCUCACGUACGCCUCAACACAACUGAAUCUUCAUGACUGAUGUUCAACCGUGGGUCGAGUCGAGCCGCUGGAAGCUACAGCCAGCCAACCAGUACAUCUUCGCUCGCCGUCAAAUGUAGAUGACCGAUUGGAACGUUCGGGAGAUCGCGCGGAAAUCCUACUUAGAAUCAAUCCCAAUACUUUAAAGUGCUCCUCUCAGUGCUCAGUGCAUCUUCCUUUUUUGUGUUCGACCGUCUUGCAUCGAAGAAUAGCAAUAUCGUGAAGAGUCCUUCGACGACCGUGUUAAGCAUCGUUGAAAAAUAACACCAACGACAAUCCCGCAGCCAAAACCGAAGACCACUCGCAGACCCGCGAAGCAUGGCAUGGCGAUUUAAGGCCUCCAAAUAUAAGAACGCUGCUCCGAUCGUUCCCAAACCGGAAGUAUGCAUCCGGGACAUUUGCGUGGGAUCGUACCAAACCUAUGGUAACAACAUCGCAGCAUCGGCCGCGUUCAUUGCCUUCAACUGGGAACAUGCGGGCUCCAGUGUGGCCGUUCUGCCCAUCGAUGACUGCGGCCGGAAGAGCAAAACUAUGCCGCUCCUGCACGCACACACCGACACGGUGACCUAUUUGGACUUUUCGCCGUUUCACGAUGGCCUGCUGGCCACCGGUUCGCAGGACUGCCUGGUGAAAGUGUGGCACAUUCCGGAGAAGGGCCUAGAAAGCUCGAUAUCCAACCCCGAGUGUUCGUUUUCGACGAAACAGCGAAGGGUGGAAACGGUGGGAUUUCAUCCAACGGCCGAUUGCCUUCUGUAUUCGACGGCUGUGGGGUGCGUCAGUCUGUGGGACUUGACCAGUCAACAGGAGUCAUUCUCGGACAACCAGCACCCGGAGGUGAUCCAGUCGCUAAGUUGGAAACAGGACGGGAAGGUUUGUGCAACCAGUUGUAAGGACAAAAUGGUUCGAAUUCUGGAUCCGCGUGCUGAGACACCCAUUUCGAUGAUCGCCGAAAGUCAUCAAAGCAUCAAGGACUCGCGAGUGGUGUGGUUAGGUGAUCAGAGCAGAAUUUUGACUACGGGAUUCGACUCCGCUCGGUUGCGACAGGUCAUUAUUAGGGAUUUGAGGAACUUCUCAGUGCCGGAAAAGACGCUGGAGUUGGAUUGUUCGACGGGCAUUUUGAUGCCUCUGUUUGACCCGGAUACAAACAUGCUAUUCCUUGCGGGCAAGGGUGAUACGACGAUAUCGUACUUGGAAGUGACGGACAAGGAUCCGUAUCUGAUUGAGGGCAUUCGUCACUCUGGUGAACAAACUAAAGGUGCUUGUUUGGUGCCUAAAAGAGCUUUGAGGGUGAUGGAAGGCGAGGUAAACCGUAUUAUGCAAUUGACGUCGAACUCAGUGAUACCGAUUAUGUACCAAGUGCCGAGGAAGACCUACAGAGACUUCCACAGUGACCUGUACCCGGAUACCAACGGGUUCAAAACCGAGCUAACUGCCACGCAAUGGCUUAACGGAGUUAACAUUGCCGUUCAAAAAAUCAGCCUGGACCCAGCGAAACGGGAGCUUGGCGAACAACCUAUCAUUGUUCUGAGAGGUAACCUGAACGAAGUAGUCAAGAACAUUGCCAACAAGUCGAAAACGGCAUCUACCACGCCGAAUUGCACUGCGGCCAAGAUCGACAAGGAAGCUUCGAUCGUGAAACCCAACUUCAUUCCAAUCAAGGACAAGAUCAAACAAAUGGAACAGCAGUCACACAGCGAGAAAAGCGAGUAUGAGCAGAAAUUCAAGGAAGUGACCUCGAACAAGAAUACCGAGAAUGCAAACAUAUUCAUCGAACCGAAGCCCUUGUACAGCGAGAACGAAAGCAAUGGCAACCAUCCGGAGCAGUGUGGUACGGACGAUCAGGAUGGUAGCUCGGAUGAACCGAUUCAGACAGGGGAAGUGACACCCCCGAAGCCUCUACCGAGGACAUCUCGAAACAACUCAGUCACUGACCCACCGGUUGGAGCCGGUGAAGAUGUUCCUGUUGUUCCGGCGCCUCGUCCGGUGGCAAGACCUCGAAUGUCCACCACAGGAUACAAGCCUCGCCUAGGUCCGAAGCCAUUCAGCAGUACGGGAUCUUCGGGAGAAUUUUCUUUCGAUAAGGUUUUCAACGUUCCGCAAGCUCCCGGUUCGGAAAACGGGGAUUCACAGAGAGAUUCAAACGACAACACUCAGGAGAACAGUUUGGUAUCCAAUGGAAGCGUGGAAGAAGCGCACGAAAAUGGCAACGGCAAGGACCCGGAAGCAUUUGUAGAGAUGGCUACAGAAGAGGUAGUCAUGCGACCAAAGGUCGCCGAAGAGGACGACAAACCUCAGAUUAUCUCCACCGCGGAACGAAGAAAGUCUGGAGACCGAGAAAAGAUUUUCGAAUCCAGAGUUUCCACCGAAUCGGAAGAUCAGUUUGACGCCGCAGGGGAUGAUAAGCCAAGCCAGUUCGAACGGCUCAGUGGUCAGCGUACGAGUAUCGCCGAGAGGCGACGAAUGUACGAGAGUCGGUCGCAGAGCGUCCAAGAAGAGAAACCAGCCUCGCCGGUUCCUCUCAGACGCCGCGAAUCGCUCAAAUCCCGCGGCGAACAGUCCAAAACAGACGAGGAAGCUAUGCCUCCGCCAUCCAGCGUAGAAUUCACCCGCAACCGCAGCGACCUUUGCAAGGAGAAUCUCCCUUCGGACAUCAACAAACGCAACAACGCCAACUCGGCCAACACCACAUCCAAACGAACUUCGACCGUAUUCGGCAGAGUGUCUAAGUUCCGCCAUCUGAAGGGAACGCCCGGUCACAAAUCGACACACAUUGAAAACAUCCGUAACCUCAGCCGGCAGAUCCCCGGCGAGUGCGACGGCUUCCAAGCGAAUUCUGACCGUGUGGCCGUGCCGAUCUCCGGGGCCGGAGGCAAGAUUGCAAUAUUCGAACUGAGCAAACCGGGCCGCCUUCCGGAUGGAGUCAUUCCGUCGCUAGUCAACGGAAACAACAUCAUGGAUUUCCAGUGGGAUCCGUUCGAUAACCAACGGUUGGCCGUGGCCUGUGAUGACGGCAGCGUUAAGAUUUGGGCUAUACCGGAGGAAGGUUUGACGGAACCGACCAACGAACCGGAGAAGGAGCUGGUUGCUCAUUCGGAUAAGAUCUACAUAGUCAAGUAUCACCCGCUGGCGAAGAAUGUCUUUCUCACGGCAAGCUAUGACAUGACGAUAAAGAUCUGGGACUUGGACACACUGUCAGAUAAGUACUUUCUGAGGGGACACACGGAUCAGAUUUUUAGCGCUGCAUGGAGUCCUUGUGGGGUGUACGUGGCAACGGUCUCGAAAGACGGUAAGCUCAGAGUGUAUAACCCAAGAAAAUCCGAAACUCCAAUCCGGGAGGGAAACGGACCUGUGGGCACCCGCGGAGCUCGUUUAGUGUGGGCCAUCGAAGGAGAGUACAUCGUUGUGACUGGAUUUGAUAAAGUUUCCGAACGGCAAAUCUACGUCUACAAAGCAUCUGACCUGGCUGCCCCACUAGGGAUGGUAGGUCUGGACGUGUCCCCUGCCAUCCUGAUACCGUUCUACGACGAGGACAGUUCGACCAUUUUUGCCACCGGCAAGGGCGAUUCCACGAUCUACUGUUUCGAAAUAACUGAGGAGUCUCCGUUUAUUUGUCCACUGUCACAUCACCGGUGCUCAUCGCUAACACAGGGUUUGAGUUUCCUGCCGAAGAACCAGUGCGAUGUCGCGUCGGUCGAAUUUGCCAAAGCACAAAGGCUUACCAAUGGAACGGUGGAGCCGUUGAGUUUCACGGUGCCGCGUAUCAAGAGCGAACUGUUCCAGGAUGAUUUGUUCCCACCGACUAAGACGCUCUGGGAACCGACGCUCUUAGCGGCGGAGUGGUUUGCGGGUCGUGAUAAACCCGCAGUCCGAAUCAGCUUACAGCCUGAGGGAAUGGAUUCAUUGUCCUCCAUCCAGCCGAAUGUAACGACACCAACGCCGGCGAAGAAGAGCGAAAACAUAAACCAAAUCAUCGGUCAGCAGACCCAGUUCAACAAGGCAUGGAGUGCGGACCUGGUACGAUCGAAGCAGGAUGAGAUCAAAAAUUCGGUCAGCGCUCGGAUGCCCGUCAACCGCAAGCUCGAGCAGGAUGACAUGGAAGGCGUCGACGAGAAAGAAUGGGAGGAAUGAGUCCCAAAACUAACAAUAUAAUUAUCACUGCAAUGUAAUAUAAGUGCAUGAGUAACCCGUUUAUAACGAUCAAUAGUUUAGCGAACCCGCAACGUACACUUUCUAUCGCAUUUUAUAGUCCUUCUUAUACAAAACCAGAUAGGUCGCAGUUGUUUACUUGAUUUUACUCCGGUGUUCAAUGGAUGAAUACCAAACAUAUUAGAAAAGACGUAGUUGUGUUGCUUAUCGGACGUUCGAAAUCAACAGAGACUGUAAUAUGUGACAAAUCCAAAAACCAACUGCCAAUCUCCAUGACCAACGUUUGAUCAAGAUACAUCACAAACACUUUUAUCGAACAACAGAACACAAGAACAAAACAACAGCAAGAUUAUAUGUGCUACAUAAUACUUCCCUUUUUGUCUUCGAAAUAUUGGUCUAAUCCGCUAUCAAAAAAAAAAAAACUAUGGUUCAUAGGUGUAAUCGAGUAAUCGAGCGAAUCACUCUCAGUUAAACAAAAUCAUUUGCUCGUUCAUCGGUCAAACUCUACUCUAUCUUUUAGCAAAAUAAAUAGAGUUAAUAACUAUAUUGCUUUGGUGAAGCUUUGAGAUUUUGUGCAUGUUGGCGCCCGUUAUGUGACGCCCAAUCAUAUUGGAUGCUAGUCAAGUGAAUAAAUGCUCAAAACUCAAUCUUCGUAGGUGUAGCAACGCGUAUUGGAUAUCAUAUAGGAAUGCCGAAUACUUACUGGGGGGUGGACACAUUCGAACGUAAGAAAAACACAUGGUGCAAGCGAAGUCGGUGCACAAAUUCGAGUUAAUGCAAAAAGAAAAAAAAAUACCAAGGGGAAGCAUCACAGAAGCUGGAUAUUUUGUAAAUUAUAAAUCAAUCGUUCGUUUUGAAUCGUGCUACGUAUUUAUUAUUCUGACAACUCACCCUACGGAACAAUUGUGAUGAUUUCAUAUUUAAAAGCAUACACAAACACGUGCAUAUUGUUUGUAGGAACCUUCGUUUUGUGAUUGUGAUAGUUUUAUAGGCGUGCCAUUGUAUCUCUCUUUCACUGUUUCGUGCUUACAAUUAUAUCGUUAUAUAUAUGAUUUCAAUGCUUGUCUUUCAGUAGCUAACUGAUGGAUGAUAUUUGCCACAGCACUCAAUAUAGAUAUCACAGGAUUAAAGGUUCACAAACGGAUAGAUAUUUACAACAUUCGGGACUAGCUGUUAGAUAACAACCGAUUCUCCAGUAGUUUGAUUGAUAAAAUAUGAUUCCUUUGAAUUCAAACAAUACUAUAUUUGUAUUCAUCAUUAUUGUACAAUUAUCGGAAUAUUGAUAUAGGCUAUUGAAAUUUUGAGCGAAAGUAAACACAAGAAACAAGACUAUAGGAAAUAUUCAGUAUAAUGUUUUUUCAUCCGUCGCUAUAAAGCUUCUCAACAAAUAAAAAACACACACACAUAAAACAAAACUAAGUUACAUACUACUAAAAAAUUAAAAUAAAUUGUUCCAUUAUGAAGAAUAUUACACAAAGAAACAACACUCGAACAUUAAGAUAUUCAAUAAAAAAAUCACCAUACUUCAGCACAGCAUACACACAGACAACCUGAACCAGCCGUAUCAAACAAAACUGAAAUUAAGAUCGUAUUCUAAUGCAUGAAAACGGAUGGCGCCCAGUGGAAAAAAAAACUAUAGCAUUUUUACACAGAAACCUGGAAACAACAUUGACACAAUAAGUAUAACAUAUACAGUAUCAAACAUAUGGCAAACCAAUGUAAUGAAGGAAAACAGAAUAUACAAUUAGUAAUAA